UCUCCAAACGAAUCGAGCUUUGAAAUCGAGAAAAUUGGUUCAUGUUUUCGAUACAUGCCUCGAAGCAGAGGGUUCACGGGUAACAUCACUAGUAUUUUUAAAAUGUUUCGUAUUUCCCGGACGGAUGUUUAACGGUAUACAAGAAAACUCCAAAUAACUUUGCUUCUAGAAAUGUUCGCAUUUCUUUUCACUAGCAUUGCAUGCUACUGUUUUUAGCCCCAGCCAGCUGGCAUGGCUUGAAUUCCGCAAACCCAAAGAAUGCGUCGAGCUAGCUAACGGGAUCGGGACGAGCCGAAAUGGACGCCCCGUCACCCCAGCAGACAGAUUUCUAGUGGUGACACCAGCAACUCCAGUCCGCCACAUCCUGGCCCCGCAAGGACCCAAACCGCGGCUCUCUUGUUUUUCUAUGACCCAUCCGAUUUAUGCCCAGCUAGAUUCGGUAGAAUCGCUGUUGGACGAACUUCCAUAUAUGUUUUAUCUGGGCCUGUUCUUUGUGAACGUCCUGAUCCUCUAUUAUGCCUUUCUGAUGGAGUACAUCGUCCUAAAUGUGGGGAUAGUAUUUCUGCCUGAGGAUAUGGACCAGGCGCUGGUGGACCUCGGGGUGCUGUCCGACCCGGCCUCUGUCCCUUAUGACACGGACAACGAGCUGGAUGUUUUUGAGGGGUAUCUUGAGUGACAGGGCGGUCCUGGAGCGAGGGAAAUAAAUGUUAGUGGCGGCGGUGGUGAUGAUGCAGAGCUCCGGGGCAGAUUGGACCAGCGUAAACACUCUGGUCACUGAUGGGAGGAAAACAUGCAUCAAAGCGGAUGCUGUUUCUCACACAGACAUAUCAGUGAAAAAGUAGCCUGAGGAAGCGAUUCAGCACCACCGGCCACAUGAACAGCGACUGUCCCAUGGGAAGAGCUCUCUGCACUGGAUCAGCUGUCGGUCUAGUCCGUUGCCAUUCUAAUAGCAAUUGACUCCAAUAGGACACCAUGGAGUUAGCACUGGCAUCUGUGUCCUCCACUCUAGACACAAUGAAAGAUAAAAAGGAAGCACAAUGUGCUCUAAGUGGAAAGAGACGACUGAUCCCUGGGGAUGUAAAAUGAACGUUACCAGAGAUGACUCGGAUCGUCUAAAUUGCGGCCAGUUCAGAUACAGUAGCCCGAUGUGGCUGGCAUUUCCACUGAACAACUGCCCAGGCUGUGCAAGAUCUGGUAGUCGACUGCUGAAGGAGUGAAUUAAAACUUGCCACUUCAGUCACAGUGUGACGUCCUACACAGUGUGACGUCUCAGAAGCACUGGCAAAGAGUUGGAAAACCAUGUCCACUGUAGGUCUGUUGCAUACUUAAUCACUCACAGUACAACUAUUUGUCCUUUUUUUUUUUCAGAAUACAGAAUGCAUUGCUACUUUUGCAGGCACAUAGAUCAUUGAGGUGUACAUUUGAAAUGUGUCUUUUGAGGUCAUCCAUACUGUAUAUUUGCUUCAGGGAUGUAGACCCACUCAGGAGCACCGAUAGAAACUGUGGGUGCACUGGCAAGACACUGAUACUAGACACAGGCUGUGAAACAUAGGAGACCCUUAAUCUUUCCAAGCUCUCUUAAGAAUCAGAAACGCCACACUUGCCACACUCUUUACGACAAUGCAGCAAGUAUUAAAGCAUGAAAAAGAACCUCCGAAGAAGUGCUUCAGAUAUUUGACUUUUUCAUCCUUUAAGUGUUGCAUUCGUGUUUUUGUUUUUUAAUGUUACAAAUGUGUGUUAGACACAGAAAAGACUUGACGCAUGAUAUUGGUUGUGUGUUUUAAAAAGGUUUAGUUGUCAAAGUUUGGUUUUAUCACAGCAUCUUCUGUUCAGUUUGUUAUGAAUUUUGGAAUUAUGUUAAUGUAUAUUCUUGGCAGCAAUAAUAAACAGAAUUUAAGCAAUGA